CGUCUCCAGCGUCAUGGGCCGGGUGUCUCUGCUUGGUGGCGGCUACUGCAUCUCCAAGUAUGGUGUCGAGGCCUUCUCGGACUCCCUCAGGAGGGAGCUCUCCUACUUUGGGGUGAAGGUGGCUAUUAUCGAGCCUGGUUACUUCAAGACCAACAUGACCAGGCAUGAGAAUUUUUCUCAGGGCUACCACGAGGCCUGGGAGCGGGCCCAUCCAGAGAUCAAGGAGAUCUACGGGGAGAAGAGCCUGGCAUCCCUCGUGAAGUUAGCGGUAAUGUUCGAGCCGAGGUGGGGUCACAAUUUGUGCUUGGUGACAGACUGCAUGGAACAUGCCCUGACCACCUGCCACCCCCGGACCCGAUACUCACCUGGCUGGGAUGCCAAGUUCAUCUACCUCCCCAUGAGCUACAUGCCCUCCAUCCUGGUGGAUGCCAUCUGCUACUGGAGCUUCCCAAGGCCCGCCAAGGGCCUGUAGCCCAAGCCUGGGGUGCACGUUGUACCUUGGCCCUGGCCAGUCUCCCCUCCCACAGGAUGGAAAGGCCUGGAGAAGGAGAAGACCCCUCUCCACUGAAGACAUCUGUGGACAGAGGUGGAGGUGUGGAGGGUGACCAACAGCCUGACCCAUCAGCCUCAGGUCCAAGUCAGCAGACCUCGCUGCAAGGUGGUGUGCUCAAUAGGGUUCCUGACAGAGGACACAGAAGUCACUGUUUGAUUUGUAUGAGUCAAUGGUUUCAAUUCCUU